GUGGAGGAAGCUCCAGAGAUCAGCACAGAUGCAAGAGCCACUCAGAGAGACAUCAAAGCUGAGGAGGAGGAAGAAGCACAUGCAAUGAUUAAAGAGGAGAAAAUACCUAUAAAGAUCACCACAGGUGGACAACAAAAUGGAAAUAACCCCAAGAAUCAACCCAAUGUAUCAUCAUAUUGUGAAAAGAAAGAUGAUGACAUCACAUCUGAUUCUUCUGAAGACAACAACGUUACCCCAAACCUCCCUGCUGUAACCCAUCAUGCAGCUCCCAGCAGGGGUGAAAGGUUCAGGUGUCCUAAAUGUGGUAAAUGUUUUGCCCAGAGAGCCAAACUCAAAUCCCACCAGCGAGGCCAUAAAGGGAGAAACCGUAUUCAUGUUCUGAAUGUGGGAAAU